AUGCAGCCGACAAGGUGGCUCUUGCAAGGCCGAUCCGUGUGGAAGGGUAAGCCCUUUUCUGUUCCUACCCCUAUACUCAACUCACACGAAGUAACAACUAACCACCACCACCUGCAGGGCCGCACAUCGUACCCCUCGCCAUCGUGCGCCCUCGCCAAGGCGAAAAAGUCAAGCCGAUCCGCACCCAAGCCCGCGCCGCCACCAUCCUGCCUAGUUUCGUCGGCCCUCAAGUUCCAGGUGUACAACGGCAAGGAAUACCACGACGUCGAGAUCACCGAGGAGAUGGUCGGCCACAAGCUCGGCGAGUUCUCUCCGUACGUUCCGUUCCGUUCCGUUCCGCCCCGUUUCUCUGCUCGGAAUUACUGGUUACUUUCCUAUUCGAAUACUAACACUAGCCUUACUCCAUCCAGGACGAGAAAACCCUUCAUCUGGUCACGACGGUAA